AUGUUGGCCACUCUCAAGGUAACGUCUUUGUACCAAGACCUAAAUUGGCGGCUGGUCCUCAUCGGUUUCACAGCGUCACUGGGAGCCAUGGGAUUUGGCUUUGACAAUGGUUGGUGGGGCGGUGCUUUAGGCCUAUCCGAAUUCCAGCACAAGUAUGGAGCCUAUGAUUCGGAUCUUGAUCAAUGGGCAAUUCCCUCUGACAAGACUUCCGUUGGAACUGGAACCGGAUCUGCUGGCAUUAUUCUUGGUUGCAUCCUAGCUCCAAUAAUAACUUCACGGUUCGGUCGUAAGAUGGGCUUUAUGGCCUUGUCGUGCCUGAUGAUCGUGGGUAUUAUAUUGGAAGCCAGUGCUAUUGCCUCCUUUUGGCAGCUAGCCGUUGGGAGAAUCAUUGUUUACUCUGGCAUUGGGUUGGCUUCGAACGUUGUUCCGACAUACUUAUCCGAAUGUUCACCCCAGCGUGUUCGAGGUGCCUUUCUUUCGCUCUAUUCAUUUUUCACAUCAUUUGGCGUUUUCAUGGCAACCCUCGUUGUCUACCUAUGCCGGAACAGAAGUGAUAACUCUCAGUAUCUGUAUGGAGGCUUCUCAUAUUCCCAGUCAAUUUUUAUUUGCAAGCUGACCAAGUCAUCAACUCGAAGGAUUGUAAUCUGCUGCCAAUUGUUCGUCCCUGUAGGAUAUCUACUUGCCUUUCCGUUUCUUCCUGAGUCGCCCCGAUACCUUGUCUACCGUGGAAAAUUUGACGAGGCAGAAGAGGUCAUGAAAAAGCUGUACAACCAUCCGGAAACCAUUACGCAAGAAAUCGAAAUGCUCCGUGUUCAAAUUGAAGAACAACGAGAGCUCCAUAAAGCGACGACGGUCUUGGACUGUUUCAAAGGAACCAAUCUGCGUCGAACCAUUGCAGCGAUGGGAGUUCAAAUUAUUCAGCAAGCACAAGGUGUCUCAUUUAUUCAAAAUUUUAUUGUGACAUUUAUGCAACAAAUGGGAUUCCCUGAUCCCCUUAAAACCAACGUUCUCGUUACGGGCUGCUCAUUUGUGUGUCAUAUUAUUACUUUCGUUACCUUUGACAAACUCGGUCGUCGCAAUUCUCUCUUUCUUGGCUCUGUGGGUCUCGCUGCCACAAUGCUGGGUACAGGAGGAGCCAUUGAAUCUAGCCCUACGGUCGCAGAUCUUUCCUCGCAAGCAAAGAAUGCCUGUGCAGCUUUGUUGAUCCUUUGGUACUGCAUUUACGGCUUUACGUGGGGUCCCGGAUGCUGGAUUGUCACUGGCGAGAUUGGAACAGGUCAGCUUCGUGAACGUACCGUGUUCCUUGCGUCCAUGGGCAGCUUCCUAACAUCAGUCCCUAUCAACUUCGUCAAUCCGUACGUACAGAGUGCUAUUGGUGGGAGAGUCACUUUCAUUUACGGUGCAUUUUCUGUCGUCUCGCUGUUAUUUGUAUGGAUCUGUGUGCCGGAGACCAGCCGAAGAUCGCUGGAAGAGUUGGAUGAGAUGUUUCAAAACAAAGUCCCCACCUGGCAAUUCGAUAAAUACGUGUGCUCCGGAAUUGGUGCUGAGAUCACGAAGUUGGAGCAUGGUGAGCUUUCUGAGCAGAAAGUUGUUAAGGUGGAGGUUUCGACAAGAGAUUGA